AUCAGUUGACAGGAAGAUGGUGGUGGGCAAAGUACUUUGGUUUUCUGUUCUUCUCAUCGGCACAACAUGGGGACAACCGGUACCGGAUCCCCAAAUCAUGUUCCCCUGUCCCCAGCCGUGCUCAGAACCGAAUCCUGACCCCUGCUCGGAACCGCCCCCAUGUGAGGACGCUUUACCCCCCUGCCCUCAAUCGGAGCCACCUUGUUCCCAACCUGAACCGCAGCCGUGUCCCGGGUACCAGGAGACCAUACAACUGAGGCCGUGUAACCCAAACGACGCAGCCGUGCACUACGUAUACGGGCAAGCUCCAACUGGUACUGUGAUAAUAAAACCCGGACUCAUAAGGUUCCCAACGCCACAGCCCAUAGUCGUGAAGCCAGGGGAGAUCAAGCUGCCAACCCCGCCCGCAAUCUGGGUCAAACCAGCCCCCAUCCAGCCUCCAACACCUUCGCCUAUACGGGUUCAACCCCCACCAGUCCAACCCCCCACACCAGAACCGAUAAUGGUGCGACCUAAGCCGGUAUACCCCCCACGUCCACAGCCGAUAAUGGUCCGCCCUCCACCAGUGCAACCACCGAAACCAGCGUCCAUUAAGGUAACACCACCACAAAUCCAACCGCCACCACCAGACACGCUCAUGGUGCAGCCACCAAGGAUCGUGGUACCACAAUCGCCAACCAUUUGCUUCCAACCCAACCCCACCACAAGGUUCAGGACGUACGGCUGCGCCAGGGUAGCUGUGUACAACCCUUGCGGCCCUCAUCCGGGUCCAUCGCCAUGCCCAUGCCCACCACCCCCUCCCCCUUGCCCAGAACCUACCCCUUACUAAACUACAAACCAUAACGACACCCAAAGAACGGAAUAUCUUCUAGCAAACAUAACAUCACCUACUCGUAGGUAGUUUCGUCCUUACCCUAUCAACAUAGAAUAGCGAAACAUUGUAGGAAUCUUUUAGAGAGUGUGCACAAAAACUUUUUGGUAUCGUUCUCACCUCACCUUUUUUAUUAUCCAACUGCAAAAUAUUUCUGCGAGUGUUUCUCAAGAACUGUUCGACCUAGACAGUCCCUCACAUUUGUCAUAGAACUGUUCAACAUUGCAAGAAUAUUUCGGAGAGUGUACUAAAUAUUUUUUCACUCUUGUUACUGCUUCACCUUUUUUACUAUCGAUCUGUUAAGCAUUGUGAAGACAUUUUGGAGAGUGUGCUGAAGAUUAUUUAAUGUAGUUUCUCCCUCACGUAAUUCACCAUAGAACCGCGAAGCAUCGAAAGGAUAUUUUGGAGUGUGCGCUCAAGAACUUUUGAUCUAGAUUCUACCUCACUUAAUUUUCCACCGAACUGCAAAAAAGCAUAGGAAUAUUUUGAGGAAAGCGUUCAAGAACUAUUCGUUCUAGUUCUACCCUCACCUUCCUACUAUCAUACUGCGAAGUAUCCUACAGGGAUUUGGAGUGCAUGCUCAAGAACUGUUUGAACUAGAUCCUCCCUCACAUUUACCAUCGAAGUGUUAAACAGAGCAAGAAUAUUUCAAAGAGUGCGCUCCAGAAGUUUCCGCUCUUGUUCUUACCUCUUGUUUUCUUUCUAUCGAACUACGAAGAAUCGUAUAGAUUGGUGAGGUUCUCCAUCACUGUUUUACUAUACAACUUUGGAGACAAGGACACUUGGAGAGUGAGCUCAGAAACUGUUUGGUCCAGUCUCACCUUUUUACCAUCAUACUUCGAUUCAGAAAGUGUGCUCACGAACUACUUAAUCUAGUCUUUCCUCACCUUUUUACCGUCAUACUGCAAAGUAUUGUAAAGAUAUUCGGAAAGUGUACUCAAGAACUGUUUCCCCAUGUUUGUACCUCACCGUUUCAUCACAGAACUGCGAGCCAUUGUAAGGAU